GGUUCUUCCAAUGAUAGCCACAAAGGUAGAUAUUCAAAAUAUGUCCUUGUAAAUCAUACUUUCGUAGUUGAAAGAGAUAUUAGAGGGCAUUGAAGCAAUAUAACCCCAUAAAACGGACUCCUAAAAUUCAAACCCUUAUUAAACGUUCCAAGUUGACACAUAGUGAGAAGAUCAAAAGGAAAGAACAUGAUAUGGAAGCUGCCGAGUUAGAUGGUCGGCAUUUCGGCACUCUUAGAACAUAUAAGUUUUCAUGAAAUCUCUAUUAUCUGUUAAAUAUCCACAUUUAAGUACUAAUUUUGGAAAUAUAGUGUCUAUGACUUUGGAGAGGAUGAUUUGUCACAAGAGUUUACACAUGAUCUUCUUCCUGAGUACUCCCAGUAUACCUAUCCUGCAUAUCUAAACACAGAAUCUGCUAGUGAGUUGGCUUGCCCAAAGCUUGUUGGAGAGCCUUCCUCAACUUCAAAGCAUCCUGUAUUUGCUAUAAAAUGGAUGCAGCAUGGAAGAAAGCUUAUCAUAGGACAUACAAAUGGGGAAAUCCAUGUUUGGAAUGGAGUCACACUGAAUUUCGCCACCGUUAAUUCUCUUCAUGAAGACAGUAUUAAGGUCAUGAAAUGGGCCAAGUACCAUGAAUGGCUUAUACCUGCAGAUAAAAAGGAUAAAUCUUAACCUCUGAUCAAUUUUAGGCUGAAUUCACUAUUGGACAGCCGAUCUAAACACGAUUGCGAAGCAUCAGGCUCAUACAAGUCAAGUGAGAGACCUUGAUUUCUCUUCUUCAUACGGUAAAUUAGCCUCUUGAAGUGAUGACAGAAUUGUGAAGAUAUUUGACUUCGGAACUUUCAAGCCCGAACUCCAAUUCGAAGGCCAUCGUUCAGACGUCAAGACAUGUGCUUGGCAUCCAUAUGAGUCCAUGAUAGUGUCUGCUGGUAGAGACCCUGAAAUUAAGUUUUGGGAUCCUAAAUCAGGGAAUGAGGUAUACACAAUUCAGUCACAUUAUAAUGCUAUUAACAAGGUUCGCUGGAAUAAGAACGGUAAUUGGUGCCUGAGUGGGUCUAAAGAUACCUCGACCAAGAUCUACGAUGUCAGGGUCAUGAAAGAUUUCAUAACUUUCCAGGCUCAUGAAGAUGAAAUUAAUGCACUUGAAUGGCAUCCAGACUGCGAAGAGCUCUUUGUCAGUGGAGGAGGUGAUGGAAUGGUAGUAUUCUGGAUGGCAAAUGAAGAUGAAGCUUACUAUAAGAUUGAUAAAGCACAUUACAGAGCAUGCUGAGACCUUGUUUGGCACUCUAUAAGAAACUUCCUAGCAACCGCAGUCAAGACCAAAACCUGGUGAAGGACUUGAAGAUCCAAAAAUUAGGCUUGGUGAACGGUGUUGCUGAAAUAAACCAAGCAAAGCCUGCAGGUAUGUAUGGAGGAUCAAAACUAUUUGCUGAUAAGAGCUACAUCAGCCACAAGGAAGCCCAGUAGUUGGUUAAGAGUAAGGAGAACCUCCAGAGAAGUUCUAAAAGAAUGUAGCUCUUACAAUGCAUGGACUCUAAUAUCUUCA